AUGGCGCAGGCCGUGGUUUCACGACACAUGCACGCCGUUGGGGUGGUGUGCGUGCCAGCAGCUUCGCCGUUCGUUCUAACAGAAUCUCGCCGUGAUACCUUCGCUUUGCAACAGGUCGCCUUCGAUGUCGAGGUCUCCUCCAACACCCAGCCCACCCAUGGAUGCCCUAAUCAUCAAUUGUGUACGGAUGGUGACAUAGUCCCUCUAAUCCACAAGGCUUUGGAGGAUGAGGCCGCGCAGAUGCAUGAUCCAUUGCAAGGUUGGGAUCUAGGGCAAGUCCUUCAUAGAGGCUUCAGUGAAGGGCCUGGAGUUCUGGCACCCGAACAUGACGUCCAUGAAGACAGCGAAGUCGAGAUGCAAGGGGGCUCCACUCCACAUAGGAAUGGAACCCAUAAACAGAAAGGGAAACGAGCUCGUCGUCGACUGCAGCGCGCCCGAGAUGUGACAAUCUACAAGCAAAGGUCUAAGCUAGCCAGCAGACACAUUGCAAAGUCGAUCGCCAGCAAAGUCUUGGUGAAAUGCCUACCAAUCGCUCGAGGAGGGUACAUUGGGAAGCUGCGUGAGUCUCGCUGCAAGGCCGUUCAAGAGCUUGACUGCCUGCUGCAACGGGGAUUCAAAGUUGUAGAAUGGGAUGGACGCACCCCUCAUGUUUUGUUGGACAAGGAAGAACGGAUCAUCGGCGUCCUUGCUGGACAACCCAAGGACGAUCGCUGGCACGAUACGGUAGCUGCAGCCUGCACUGCAAUGAAGGAUGCAAGGGAGUUGCGUCUUCACCGAUGA